AUGAACAACGAAACGCAACCUCGGCGCUCCAGCUUCGGAAUGUUGCUUCGACGAACCAAGAGCAGCGACCUGGCCAAAGGUGGCAGGAAGGCCCAGGCCCAGGCCCUUAAGGAGGCUGAGCUGGAACGCCAGCGUCAAGCUGCAUCCCGCGCGCCGCCCAAGCUGCCCGAAUUUGCCAACAACUCGGAGCAGUUAUCCAAAGCCUUUCCCCAGGAAUUGCAGCAAUCCGAUCGUGCCUACAGUCUAUCCAACUCUGCAGCUUCCGGCGGUUGCUACGCUCGUGCCUCGACCGAGCCUCGCCGCUACGUCCACCCCGCGGUUUCUCCAGUGCCUCCCGUUCCGAAAAUGCCCAGCCAUGUCGCCGAUCCGUACGCGAGAACCGAAAGCAUGACGCACCGUAGUCGCUACAGCUAUGCCAGCAGCGCCAUCAGCUCCAUCAACAGCCCUAGAAGGGUUCGCAGAAGAAAGGAUCCUACCCCGUUCAACAUUCUCGUGGUUGGAACUAGUGGAGCCGGCAAGACAUCGUUUCUCGAAUUUUUAAAGACAUCCCUGGCUCUACCUGCCGCUAAACGGCCCAGAAAGGCGGACGAGGCUGUCUUUCCGGUUUCGGCCCCAGCGUCCGGGAAUUUUGUGCCGCAUUUUAUGGAAACGGAAAUAGAUAAUGAACGCAUCGGCUUGACCUUGUGGGACUCGGAGGGCCUCGAAAGAAACCUGGUGGAUCUCCAGCUCAGGGAGCUCACGGCUUUCCUCGAGAGCAAGUUUGAGGAGACUUUUACAGAAGAGAUGAAGGUGGUGCGCUCCCCGGGUGUUCAAGAUACUCACAUACAUGCCGUCUUCCUGGUCCUGGACCCAUCUCGGCUGGACCGCAAUCUUUCUGCAUCUCGCAACAGGGCAACCGGCCAUCAAGGCGCUGCAUCUCGUGCUUUCGGCGCCCUUGACGAAGAUCUCGAUCUUCAAGUCUUGCGAAGCCUCGACCGCAAAACCACUGUUGUUCCCGUCAUUGCAAAAGCCGACACCAUCACGACGAAGCACAUGAAUGUCUUGAAAAAAUCCGUCUGGAACAGUAUCAAACAAGCCAACCUCGACCCCCUUGAGGCCCUAGGAUUGGAUGAAGAUACCGACAGCACCGGCAACCGCAUCGAUGAAGAGGGGGAGGAGCAAGGCGAGCAAGGUGAGGAGACGGAAUCUUUGGACGGCUGCGGAUCCAAUCAGCCAAGCUCCUCCCCGCCAGCGUCUCCAAACUCUAGGCGACUGUCGAGCCAAUCGAUGCGCCAGCGCACGGCUCAAGACGACGCAAAAGAAGACGAGGUUCCUUUCCUUCCUCUUUCCAUCAUCAGCCCGGACUUGUACGAACCCCACGUCAUCGGACGUCAAUUUCCCUGGGGAUUUGCCGAUCCUUACAACGAAAAGCACUGUGACUUUACACGAUUGAAGGAGGCUGUCUUCUCGGAAUGGCGCGGCGAGCUGCGGGAAGCCAGCCGCGAGCAAUGCUACGAAGGCUGGAGGGCCAACCGUCUGAAGAUACGGAACGCGCCCUAUCGACGUUGA